UUCUAUUUUGUAAAAUAAAGAGAUUGAUACCCAUUUUUACCAUGCUUGCAGUCGACGAAAUCAAACGAGAACAGGAUAUGGAUAUCACCAUGGACAAUGCGGAAGAUCAGAUGAUAUCACUCAACAUUGAACAACAAGUGCAAAAGGAAAAGCAUGACUGGAUCAAUCAAUUACGGCUCAAGUUCUGUAUUCGACCUGAAUUUGAUGUGACAAAGAAUAUCAUUCAUCCUGAUGGCCAGUUAAAUCAAAAAUAUUUUCGACCUCCUAAGGGUUACAAAGCAGAACUAACAAGCAAACGAAAACAACCAAGGAUCAAAAAAUAACACAGCCAUUCCAAGGGAAAUUUGCAGAUACCAUUGUCUAUUCUAUAUAUUAUAUACCUAUACCAUUGAAAGAAUAAAUUGAAUUCUUUUUAAAUCAUUUUGUCGAAAUUACACAAGUCCU